UGACUUAAAGUUAAACGUGUGCAUACAACGUGCAAAUCAUCACAGAUUUUAACCCCUAAACCAACCUGUUACUGUGCCGUAAGAUCGAAAACUGGAAUCCAGCUGACAUAUUUGGAAAAGGCCCGGUUAAGCUUUGGAAAUUCUUCAGUCGGACUCCUAACUGCAUCAAGGUCGGAAGCAUGAAUGCCCUCAGAAGACUCGCCUUGACAGAGACGAUAAGGAGGGGGUUUCUUCAAGGUACUGUUGCUUUACCCUGCAAGGUCUGCAGAAACCCUGCUCUUCCCAUGUCAACCUUGCCUGAUACAGGAACCAAGAUGCUAGCAUGGCAGAUCGAUGACUACGGUGGAAUAGAUCGGUUUAAACUUGUUGAGAAACCUGUUCCCAUAAUCACCAAGCCUGAUCAGGUGUUGAUUAAAGUCCAUGCGUCAAGCAUCAAUCCUAUAGAUAUUCGUAUGCGAGGCGGCUAUGGUGCUAGGUUGCUCAACCGGGCACGAGGUGUUAGUAAAGCUGGUGACGAGCUUCCGUUGACUCUCGGUCGCGACUGCUCUGGAGUGGUCGUGGACAUGGGUCGACUUGUAAAGGGGAUUGAUAUCGGCCAGGCGGUCUGGGCCAAUGUCCACGCAGCGAGCCAAGGUUCCCAUGCACAGUAUGUCCUGGUGACGAAGAACGACCUCUCAAAAAAGCCAGAGAAUCUAACCCAUGUUGAAGCUGCUUCUAUAAACUACGCAGCUAUCACCACGUGGAGUGCAGUCUACGCAGUGGCGAAGAUCAGACCUGAGAAUGCCACGGACAAACGAGUGUUGAUUCUUGGAGGAUCUGGCGGUAUAGGAUCAUUUGCCAUACAGCUCAUGAAAGCUUGGGGCGCUCAUGUCACCACAACCUGCAGUGCAUCAGCCACAGAAUUUGUCUCCAAACUCAACCCCCACCACAUCGUUGACUACAAUAGACCAGACGUAGAGUCGGAACUGAAACGGAUCGGCCCUUUUGACUUCAUCUAUGACACCGUCGGAGGAGACACCGAACAAUACGCCAUGAAGGCCCUGAAUAAGGGAUCGCAGUAUGUCACGCUCGUCUCGCCGCUCAUGUUGGAAACUGACAAGCACGGUUUAGUACGAGGUAGUCUCUCCGCGAGCUGGGCUCUCUUCAACAAAAACAUGCAAGCCAACAAAUUCGGCGGGAAGUACCGAUGGUCCUUCGCUCAUCCAAGCACCUACGCUCUGAACGAGGUUGCAAAAUUGGUGGAACAGGAUUUGAUUCGGCCAUGCGUGGAAAAGGUCUUUCCUUUCACUGAACUGCCUGAUGCAUUUGCAAAUAUUGAGACAAGAAGUGCAAGAGGGAAGACUGUUGUGAAUGUCGUAGGACAAGAAUUGAAAGUGCCAAAGUCAGCUGAUUUCUACAUGUCAUAAUAUAUAAAAAUAUAUUACAUACCUGUGAAUGUAAUUCACCAGUAUUGAACAUAAUAUUGCCUAAAACCCUUUAUAUUUUGCAAGGUUCCUAUUAAUUUAUUUUGAAGACCACCUCAACUAUGGUCAAACCUGUUUGGUCUCUAAUUUUAAAUUGGUCUACGUGUACAGUGCAUCCCAGAAAAAAACGAAACCAAGAUUAAGCAAUGAUUUAUCA